CUGCUUCCCUUCCUUCCCUUCCUCCCCUUCCCCUCCCCGCCCGAGUCCCGCCCUCCUUCCGUCCCGCGUUCGCCCCCUCCUGCUGCGGCGGCGAGCCGAGCCCAGGCGAAGAUGGCGAAGACUUACGACUAUCUGUUCAAGCUGCUGCUGAUCGGGGACUCGGGCGUGGGCAAGACCUGCCUGCUCUUCCGCUUCAGCGAGGACGCCUUCAACACCACCUUCAUCUCCACCAUCGGAAUCGACUUUAAAAUCAGAACAAUAGAAUUAGAUGGAAAGAAAAUCAAGCUACAGAUAUGGGACACAGCAGGCCAGGAGAGAUUCCGCACAAUCACCACAGCUUACUACAGAGGAGCCAUGGGAAUUAUGCUGGUGUAUGACAUCACAAAUGAAAAGUCUUUUGACAACAUAAAAAAUUGGAUAAGGAACAUAGAAGAGCAUGCCUCUUCAGAUGUAGAAAGAAUGAUCUUGGGUAACAAGUGUGAUAUGAAUGAAAAAAGACAAGUCUCAAAAGAAAAAGGGGAGAAGUUAGCAAUUGAUUACGGAAUCAAAUUUUUGGAGACAAGUGCAAAAUCCAGCAUAAAUGUGGAAGAGGCGUUUUUCACACUUGCACGAGACAUUAUGACAAAGCUCAACAGAAAAAUGAAUGACAACAGUUCAUCGGGGGCAGGUGGGCCAGUAAAAAUAACAGAAAAUCGAUCUAAGAAGAGCAGCUUCUUUCGAUGCACGCUACUUUGAUGAACUUCUAAUGAUAAGACUGCAGCACACUUAGAACCUUUUCUGCUUCUUUGAAAGCACAGGGUCACAAAGCCUCAGAAAUAAUACCACCAAGCUGCUGCUGAGAGCUCCAUUGAACGUAGACUGCGAUACACAAAUACCAAGUGGAUUUUGCUCACUAAGCCUAUUGACCUGUCAGGCUCUUCUUUCUCAGAUAUGGAAGCUAUGAAGUGGAGACACAAAUGCAAGAUUUAACUUGUUUUCCUUUUUUACUUUCUGUUUUAUUGCCUGUUGCAAAAGCUGCUAUGUUUCUUUUAACUUUGCACAUCCAUAUUGGCCUCUUACUGCCUGUUACAGCACAAUCUUACAUUUGUAUUUGCACAGUUUGACUUGUAAGUAAGAUUCUUAACAGAUUUGUGCACAGUUUUAUUUCUCUUUUUAAACAAAUUUAUUUUCAAGCAGAAGAGCCAGGGGAAAAAUUAAGUCUCAUUUCCAUUAUUUUCUAUGCUGUAUACUCGUGGCCAUGCAGUAUGGAUGUUGUUGCUCUAGUGAUGAGAAUUACUGUAACAAUUGGCAUUUAACAAAUUUGUCCAGAUUUUGUCUCUUAGAUGCACAAAUCUGUUUAUGCAGAAGCUGUGGCUUCUAUUCUGAAUGUAGUAUGCUUUUCUUUCUUUACCAGACUUAGCAAAGUUGUGUUCUGAAUUGCCAGUCACUGUCUGAUUCACAGAUGCACCUUUCAGUUAUUUGAAUAAACACAGUGUCUUUCCUCACCUAACUUCCCUUUGUU